AAUCAUACAGAUCAUUUAAGUAUCCAUAUACCCAAUCCCGGCGCUUGCUAUAUGCAAGAUCAUAUUGUUUGUCGUCUAGCUCAGAAAGUAAAAGCACAUUUGCUAGUUUUGGAUCCUCAGGAUUUUAUCUAUUUAGCGCAACACAGUUUCAAAAAAGACGCUGCGAGAUUACUACCAGUACUUUCUGCUUCAGAUCCACUUUCGAAUAUUCUAUUAGCUCUACGCCAACAUAAUCAUAUUAGCAAUAGUAAAGACAAUGCGUCAAAAGGCGAGGCAGAGGAGGAAACAGUAGAAAUUGUUAGAAAAGAUGAUAAUACUAAUGAUGAUGAUGAUGUUGAUGAUGAUGAGUAUUAUUAUCUGGAAAAUGAGGACACUGAUUCGGAUGAUGAUCCAACUGCAAAGGCAGGACUGCAUCAUUUAAACAAAACCAAGGCAUUUUAUGAUACUAAAGCAGUGGAUCUCGAAUUGGAUGUGGAUGAUUUCAUUAAUCGACAUGCAACAAAUUAUAAUAAGCGAAGUAAUAAUAGAGUUACAACAACAGCAACAACAGCAUUAAUGCCAAUGACAAAGGAACCAAAAAUUAUUUAUUUGAGGGAUUAUAGUGGGAUGCAAGAUGCAUUCACUCGAACCAUGUUAAAGUCACUCGUUAUGGCUGUGGAAGAUUUGCGUCAAAAUGGGCAUCCCAUUAUGUUUGUUGCUUCGCAUACUGGUGCAGAAGAUACUUUACAAAGGCAACAUGACAUCUCUUCUUAUUAUCUACCUCCUAUUUCCAACAUGCGCUCUAUGGCCAUUUUGCCAUCCGUAGAAGACGAGAACCAAUACCAGCUUUGGAAGGAUUUAAUGGAUAAGGAUAGAAAAAAACGAAUCACUGAAAUCAAUUCUAAAGGAUUUUUGGCAAUGCUUGAUCAAAAAAGUGUGAAAAACUUGAGUAUCCAGGAGAGAGACCAUUUAUUGGAUGAAUUGCUAUCUAUAGCCAACGACGAUGGAGAUGACAAUGGGGGCAUAAGUAAAUUCGUUUGGGCUCCUGAAGAUAUUGAUCGACGCGUGUCGGCAGCAAUCGGACAUGCCUUGGAACAAAAGAAGUCGAAAUUGGAAUUCUCUGAUAUUAAAGCUUCUCACGACAUUGUCAAGCAAGUAUCUGAAGUGAACGUUCGAACAUGGAAAACAAUAAAGAGGAUGGUGACUACUACGGACUCCUUACCAACCUUGGAAGAUGGUACCCUUAACUUAGAUCAAUUGAAAAAGUCCUGCAACGAAUAUGAAAGAAAAUUGUUAUCUAGAGUGGUGGAUCCCUCAAAAGUUUAUAGCUCAUUCAAAGACGUACGCGCACCACCCCAAACAAUAGAAACACUGCAAAUGUUGAUUUCCUUGCCUUUAAUUCGACCUGAUCUGUUCCAAAAGGGUUUGCUGAAAAAGAACUUCAUUCCUGGGGUAUUGUUAUUCGGUCCGCCUGGUACAGGAAAGACAAUGCUGGCAAAAGCAGUAGCGAAGGACAGCGGCAGUAGAAUGUUGGAUAUUCAAGCCAGUGAUGUUUAUGAUAUGUAUGUUGGGCAAGGUGAAAAGAAUGUUAAGGCUAUCUUCUCCCUUGCUCGGAAGCUGUCUCCUUGUGUUAUAUUCAUCGAUGAAGUAGACAGUUUGAUGAAUCAAAGAGGCUCAGAUUAUUCGUCAAAGUCGCACCGAGAAAUUAUUAAUCAGUUCAUGGUAGAAUGGGAUGGCAUAUCGAGUAACAACCAAGGCGUUAUCGUCAUGGCUGCUACCAACCGACCGUUUGAUUUAGAUGAUGCUGUUCUAAGGCGUAUGCCUCGACGUAUCCUUGUUGACUUACCUAAUGAAGAGGAUCGUAAAGAGAUAUUGAACAUUCUUCUUCAAGAUGAAAACCUCCAAGAAGAGGUGUCCAUCGAUAGGUUGGCAAAAUUGACAGAGCAUUAUUCAGGGUCAGAUUUGAAGAAUGUAUGUGUCACAGCAGCACUGAAAGCUGUUCAACAAGAAGUUGCUACUAAGGAGUCCCAAACACUAUCCAUGAAACACUUUGAAGAGGCUAUUAAAAUGGUGCCUCCAAGCUCAAGUGAAGAAAUGGAUAGUCUAAUAGAGAUUAGAAAAUGGGACAGU